UUUGGUUACAUCUUCCAUUAAAAUCCAUGACAUAAUCUGCAGUUUUCUCUGCGGUGCCACAUAUGUGCUUUAAUGGCUUGGGUAGAUUCUCAUGUCUUUAGAAUUCAGAGUUCAAAAGAUCUGUCAUGGCAUGGAACAAUUGGCAUUGGCUACCUUAGUUUACAGACAAACUUAUGUGCCAGACGUAGAAUCCCUAAGUUAAAAUUGACUGCGAGUAUGGGCCCUUUUGCCGGCAAAUAUCAUGUAGCGUGGCAAAGUUUGAAAGAGGAGCGUUGGGAGGGUGAACUCCAAGUUGAUGGCCACAUUCCAAACUGGUUGAAUGGUACCUACCUGCGAAACGGACCGGGAGUAUUUCAUAUAGGCGAUUACAAUGUCAACCACCUUUUCGAUGGAUAUGCAGCCCUGAUCCGUGUUCAGUUUGAUAAUGGCAAAGUUAAUGGUGGUCAUGGACAGUUACAGUCCGAGGCUUACAAGACGGCCAAGAGAAACAACAGAAUUUGUCAUCGUGAAUUUUCAGAAUCUCCAAUGCCGUCAAAUUUCUUAUCCUGCAUUGGGUACUUGAUGGGCAUGAUGUCUGGCGCCUCAGUUACUGACAAUGCUAAUGUAGCAGUCGUUAGCCUAGGCGACGGACGAGUUAUCUGCGUGACAGAAACUACGAGGGGAUCUAUACAAAUAGAUCCCAACACACUCGAAACCAUCGGUAGAUUCAACUAUACCGACAAUCUGGGAGGGAUGAAUCCCAACCAGUCUGGACACCCUAUGGUAUUCGAGAACGAACUUAUCACAAUCCUUCCAGAUCUCAUCAACCCAGGAUACAAUGUUGUCCGCAUGCUUGCUGGAACUAACGAAAGAACUUUAAUUCGAAGGGUAAAUUGCAGAGGAGGUCAUGCUCCAGGUUGGGUUCAUUCUUUUGCAGUGACAGAGAACUACAUCAUUGUUCCCGAAAUGCCCAUGAGAUAUUCAUUAGGUUGUAUCUUCGGAGGAGAGAUUUUCAAAUGGCGGCCAGAGACCAAGGCAUACAUGCAUGUAGUUUCUAGAGUUACUGGAGAGAUGGUUACAUCUGUUGAAGUGCCAUUAUUCAUAACAUUACACUUCAUCAAUGCUUAUGAAGAAAGACAAGAGCUUGGCAAGAAGACGUUAAUAAUAGUUGAUUGUUGUGAAUAUAACGCCGAUCCCUCCAUCGUAGAUAUAUUAAAACUAAAAGAGUUGAGAUGCUUCUCUGGUGAAGACGUUCCUGUAAAUUCAAGAAUAGGACGCUUCACGAUACCCCUUGAUGGCACUGCAACAGGGCAAUUAGAUGCUGCGAUGCCUCCAGAGAAACACGGUAGAGGAAUAGACCUGUGUACCAUAAAUCCAAACAACAUUGGGAAGAUGUAUCGUUAUAUAUAUGGCUGUAUGACACGACGCCCUUGCAAUAUUACCAAUACUCUUACAAAGAUCGAUUUGAAAGAGAAAGUAACAAAAAGUUGGUAUGUUGAAGGAAGCAUUCCAUCUGAACCCUUCUUUGUAGCUCGACCUGGAGCUAAAACAGAAGAUGAUGGAGUGGUGAUAUCAUUAGUGAGUGAUAAGCAUGAUGGAGGAUUUGUAGUAAUUUUGGAUGCAUCUACAUUUACAGAAAUUGCUCAUGUAAAGUUUCCUUAUGGACUACCAUUUGGCACACAUGGUUGUUGGCUUCCCAAGUAUAAUGUAUAAAAUAGAUGUAAACAUUGUUUAAUUAU